AUGUCCCCGUCGCCGCCGCCCUCAUCGGCCGGCGAGCCAUCCGACGCAAAGGCCAAGAAGCGCCGAGUCGCCGCGGCGUGCGAAGCGUGUCGCCUGCGAAAACUAGCCUGCGACGCGCGCCAGCCGUGCGCGCGCUGCGCAAACGACAAACGCAGCUGCGAGUACGUCGAGCGCCGGCCGCGCGAGAUCCUGUCCAAGGCCCGUGUGCAGGAGCUCGAGGACGUUAUUAGGCUCCAGGGCCAGCUGUGGGAUGCCGUGCUGCCCGACUAUCCGAUGAGCGUAGCGCAGGGCGUCGCGGCGACCAGCGGGCUUCACGAGGCCGUACAGCAGGCCAAGCGGGUGUUGAAGGGGCGCGAAACGUCGUACGCGUCCUCGGCGGCCCAGUCGCCCUCAGCGCGGCUCAACACGCGCACGGCGCUGCCUUCAGCCAACCUCCCCACGCCGCUGCCGCACCGCCCGCCCCCACCACCAUACUACACGGCAAAGCAGCACGCCCAGCUGGACGACUACGCGCCUGACACGUACGAGUGGAGCGAGGACCAGGGCGAGGCCGACAACCCGCACGUGCACCCGGCCACCGAGCACGCCGGCAGCCACCCGAACCACACGGCGUCGUAUCUCGGCUUGUCGUCCAGCGCGACGUUUAUGCGUGCCGUGCGCCACCUCGCCGCCAAGGGCAACGAGGAGCUCCUGCUUGCGUACGAUGCCAACGUGCACGCGCCGCCUUUGCCGUCUGAGGGCACGCCCGGCGGCGCGGGGGUGCCGCCGGCGGACGAGUACCAGCUGCCCAAGUGGAGUAGUAUUCGGCAGUAUGUCGACGACUUCUUCCGCUUCUUCCACCGCUCCCUGCCGCUGUGCCACGAGCCGACGAUCCGCGCUCAACUCACUGGAGCAGUCCCCUUCCCCACCAAGCCGGGCAGCAUCACGCUCGUCAACAUGAUCAUUGCGCUGGGCGCGUUCAGCUCGUCGAACAACGAGGACAAGAACGUGGGGUACAAAUACUUUCUCGUGGCGAAGAACGCGCUCCAGCGCGACAUGUUCGGCAAGGGCACACUGCCGCUGGUCCAAGGCCUCGCGCUCAUGAGCAACUAUCUUCAGCAUGGCAACCGCCCAGAGGACGGGUACAUGUGUCUCGGGUGGGCGCUGCGCAUGGCCGUCGCGCUCGGCCUGCACAUUGAGCCGACGAGCUCAAAGCUCACGCCGCUCGAGAAGGAGAUGCGUAUCCGGACGUGGUGGAGCGUCAUCUCCAUCGAGUCAGGCGUCAGCGUGACCUUUGGACGGCCGCACGCCUUUUCAGCCGCGACGUUUGCGUCCAUGCCGCUCCCGAUCAACUGCGACGACGACGACCUGACAGUCUCGCACACGCAGGCGCCAGAGGACAUGCCCUACGUGACGCAGAACACGGCGCUGAUCAUGCAGGCGCGGCUGGCGCGCUCGUGUAUCGCGGUAUGGGACCACGUCGGGAGCUGUCCGGCGCAAGAGCCGCCGAGCGCGGCCGAGCUGCGCAGCCUCGAGCAGCUCAUCGCCAACGACUUUGACGCGCUGCUGCCAACCCUGCGCGACUGGACCACUGGGCCAUUCAUGUAUCAGCGCGCGUCGCAGGUGUGGCGGUCGCGCGACUUUCGCGCGCUGCUCUUCCGGCCGCUGCUCCUAGGCGCGGCGUGGGACUCGAAGACGUUCUCCGAGCUCAGCCACGACGAGCAGCUCGCGAUUUCCGCCUGCCGCAGCUUGGCGAUGGAGAACUUGACAGAGAUUGGCGCUUUCGUCGCUAGCGACCCCGACCACACGCGCGCAGCCGAGUGGUACGCCGUGUUCUUUGCGUUCCAGAGCGUGCUGUCGCUCCUUCUCAGCGUGAUUUGGGAGCCGACCCACCCGUCGGCGGAUCUCUGGCGGAGGACGGUACUCAGCACGGCCGCGUGGUUCCGCGAACUGCGCACGCUGGCACGGCUGGGCAACUCCUACGCGUCCAUCAUCGACCGCAUCCUCGAGCUGGCAGACAUUGCGCGCGAGUCGGUCCCGUCGUCGGCCGCGGGCCCGUCGCUGGGCUUCACCCCGUCGUCAGACCACAACCUCGACUCCGCCACAACAAACCCCGCCACCGCGCCCAACCUGUCCGCCGUCACCGCCGUCGACCUGCAGCGGUACUGGUCCGAGAUCUGGGGCGACGCCAGCCUCGACCAGAGCGGGUUCGGCAGUUUUCUGAGUCAGGACUUUUUGAACAAUGAGGACUUGGCGCGUGCGGGCGGCGCAGACGCCGCGGGCUUUGGCUUCAACCUCGACUUUCUGGGCUCGUCAUCCGGGUAGCAAGCACUAGCAUUGUAUUAUAGUGUCAUGUACGAGUAGCAGGG